AUGAAGCUAGAAACGGCUAUCACAACCAUUGCUCCAGUGUUCCAAAAAGUUUUAUUGAUCGUAUUGGGAGUAUUAAUUUCCAAAGCUAUCAAACUCAUCUCUCAUUGGCGUAAUGGUAACCAACCUGCUGCUAUUGAUGCUAGUUCUGAAGAUGAUGUUGUUUUGACUCAUACGGAUUCUCCUCCAGCUACCAAGUAUGAUGUGUUUCUUAGCUUUAGAGGAGAAGACACUCGCCACAAUUUUGGAAAUCCUUCAAGCAUACGCAAACAAAAUGGGAAUUUUGGAAAAGGAUUUGAUAUACUGAAGCAAAGAUUUAAAGACAACCAACAAAAAUUGCAAAAGUGGAGAAAUGUUAUAAUCCAAUCUACAAGUCUAUCUGGAUGGGAUUCCAAUGUUAUCAGACCUGAAUUCAAACUUGUUGAAGAGAUUGUCAAGGACAUUUUGAGCAAAUUGAAUCGCAAGUCAUCCAUUUAUGUGGAAGGAUUAGUUGGAAUCGAUCAUCAAAUUCGGAGAGUUGAAGAGCUAAUAAGUGAAGCUCGCAUUGUGGGAAUAUGGGGUAUGGGUGGUAUAGGCAAGACCACUCUCGCUAGAGCCGUAUUUGACAAGUUGAAAGCACACUUUGAAGCUUUCUGCUUCAUUAAAAAUGUCAGACAAAAGCUAGCAGAAAGAAAUGGAUUGGAUGAAUUGCAAGAAAAAUGCCUUAAAGAAUUGUUAAAAGAUGAUGAUAUUAACGCUUACGAUUUAAGAUCUGAUUUUGUGAGAAAAAGGCUUCAGUGUAAGAAAAUUCUUCUAAUACUUGAUGAUGUGGACAAUUCUAUAGCAAUUGAAGAUUUAAAGAAAGCAUGCGAUUGGUUUGGGGAAGGAAGUAGAGUUAUUAUCACAUCAAGAGAUAGGCAUGUGCUUGAGGAUGAUUCUGUCUCUGCAAGUGCAACAUAUCAUGUUCUGAAAUUGGAUCCCCAUCAUGCCCUUCAUCUCUUUAGUUUGAAUGCUUUCAACCAAAAUGAGCCAUUGAAAUGCUAUUUGGAGUUAUCGAAGUGGGUAGUGGAUUAUUGUCAAGGAAAUCCAUUAGCUCUAAAAGUACUGGGUCGCUUUCUUCAUGGCAGAGGCAAAGAAGAGUGGGAAAGUGCUUUGGCGAAACUAAAUCAAACUCCUCACAAUGACAUUUUUAAUGUGCUAAAAUUGAGUUUUGAUGGACUUGAUGACAUACAGAAGAAUGCAUUUCUUGAUCUUGCAUUUUUGUUGAACGCAGGAUGGAGGAUUUCUCAGGACUAUGCAAGACACUUAUAUGGUUCUAUUGCAAAUAUUGAGAUAAAUAUACUUGAAGAGAGAUCCCUCAUCUCAGUGGAUGAUGGUAUUGAGAUGCAUGCUCUACUAAUCGAUAUGGGUCUUGAAAUUUCUAAACAACAAUUAAAAUCUAAUCCUGACAAUCCCAUUCGGCUGUGGAGGCAUGAGGAUAUUUAUCGUUAUUUUUCCAACAAUGACAAGGGGAUUGAGGCAAUUCGAUGCAUGUCAUUGGAUGCAAGCCAAAUAGAAAGCAUGACAUUGAGGGCUAGUCAUUUUCAAAGGAUGCGUUAUUUAAUGUUCCUUAAUGUUUACAAGUCUGAUCAGAGAAAUCCUUCAAAGUUGAAUAUUUGUGAAGAGUUGGAUUAUCUUUCAAAAGAAUUAAGGUUUCUUAGUUGGCAAGAAUAUCCACUGCCAUCUGUGCCAUUACAAUUUUGUGCUAAGAAUCUCAUUGAACUUAACAUGCCUCGUAGUAAUAUCCAACAGCUUUGGGAUGGAAAUCAGCAAUUUCCAAAUCUAAAGAAAAUAUAUCUAUGGAAUUCAAAAAAUCUCAUGGCACUCCCAGAUUUGUCUCAAGCCCCGAAGAUUGAGUGGAUGAGUCUUGGUGGUUGUGUGAAUUUAGAUCAAAUCCAUUCUUCAACUGUCUUGGAAAAGGAUGUCAAUUUAUUUAUAAAAGAUUGUGGGCCAAUGCAGAUAAAUAUUGGGGGCAGUGUGAAAAGGAGAAGUUCAUCAAGGUUAGUGAUUGUGUACAAUUAUUUGGAUGUUUCCAAUUUGACAUUCAAUAAAGUGACAAUGAAGGUGUUGGUAUGUGGCAAAAUGAUGUGUGGUGUUGGAUUUAAGCAUGUGAGAAUGCCACUGGGAGAGACGGCAGAAUUCAUGAGAGUGGGAAUACAAAGUUUGGCGACUUUACUUCCAUUUGUGAGGGUAGUUGAAUGGUUAGAGAGUCCAAUUGAGUUUGGGCAUGAUUUCAAGCAACAUCAUACCUAUCAUGUUUGUCGUGCAUACACUGGUCUUUCAAGCUGGAAUGACUUCAGGCUUUCUGUAAAGGUGAGGGGUGAUGGAGAAGAGAGGGGUGUGGAAGAUGAUGAAGAAGAGGAUGAGGAUGACACAAAAUGA